GCAAAAGGAGAACUCUGCCCUCAGUGAUCGUUGUGUGCAUAGCAAACGACAAUGACGAGUUUGAACACAUUAACGGACGAGACGCUCGUGAAAAUGGGCAGGAAGCUGGACAACGCGUGUGAGGACCAAAACUGGCAUGCUCUCAUACUCAAACUAUCAGAGCACUUCUUUUCUGGUCGCGAAGACAGAAAGCGCAUAGAAGAAAUCUCAAGGGAAAGAUUUCGUCAGUCACACAGACAACUUGGCAGCUCCGGUCAUGCCCUACUACUCGACUUGAGGAAGAAAAAUGUGAGCGUAGAGACACUUAUUGAAGCCCUUCAAGAGAUACAACAAGAGGAAUGUCUGGAACUUGUGCUACCAAGAGAGAUUCCGUCGAUUAUCAAACAUCCCCUGGCAGUCCCUGUGAUGUCUGGCGGUACUAUUGAGUUGAUGUGUAAAGCUAGGGGAUUUCCGACGCCCAAGUAUCAGUGGUUUGUCUCGAGGGGUGAUGAUCCUGUGCCUCUGAAGGGUCAGUGCUACAUGAAGUUGGUGAUUAGAGAAGCGACGAAGGAGAAUGAAGGGCAUUACUGCUGUCGAGCGAUGAAUAAUCUUGGUUAUAAAUUCUCUCAAUAUGCAGAAGUCCGGGUUGCAUUGGCAUCAAGUUAUGCACCAGAAAGUCAAGCCAAUAGACCACCUGUCAUAAUACAGGAUCUACAAAAGAACAUUGACGCAAAGUUAGGAUCGACCGUUGAGUUAAUAAUUGAAGCAGAAGGAAGCAGACCACUUCGGUAUGUUUGGUUUAAAAAUGCUAACCCGAUGGAGGGCAACACAGCGGAUACAUUGAUACUAAACAAUGUAGAGUCUGGAAGUGUGAAUGGUUUAUAUAGUUGUCAAGUUUCCAAUCAAUAUGGAAGUGCAAUCUCGGAAAUUUGUGAGGUAUAUGAAACAGCUUCCCUUGCGAUCAGCAAAGAUUUACCACAUGAAAUGCCUGUUACCGAAGCCGACACAUUGAGGCUGGAAUUGCAAGUUCAAGGUUACCCUCCACCUAAAUACAAAUGGUGGUAUACCUCACUCUCUGCACGUCCUGAUCAAUUUGACGGUGCACAUAGUGUUCCUUUGUAUGAAUUCACAACCGAUGUCCUUUGUAUCAAAAACAUUCAGAAAUCACAUGCUGGAUCGUACAAGUGUCUUGUUUCUAAUGGUGACUCUGAAGAAUCAAGAAGGGAGUCGGCUGUAUGUCGAGUUGUUGUAUUGGAGAGAAGAGAGCAAGUACACAUUGAGAUAGUUGAGCAUCCUAGAUCUUGUGCCGUUGAGAUGGCCGAAACUGUACAGCUGCACUGUCGUGCCGAACCACGUGGAGUGACAUACCAAUGGUUUAAGGACAACGCCGAUAACCCAAUUGCUGGAGCAAGCAAAUGCGACUUGUAUGUAAGAAUUGAGAGUGAACGAGACUGGGGCGUUUACAUGUGCUCCGUCUCUCUUGGUUCACAACCAGCAGUCGUCAGCAAACGAGCUCUAGUCUAUGACUUGCUUCCUGUCAAAAUUGAUCCACAACGGAUUCAGCUUGGUGUGGACAGGAAAGUCGAGUUGCGUCCUGUCUCAUAUGAGACGUAUGGUAUUAUGGAAUUUCAAUGGUAUAAAGAUGACAAUGAGAUUCCAGACGAGAAGCGUGAGGUGUUAAUCAUUCAUAAUCCAACAACACGAAAUCUUGGACAAUACAGAUAUGUGGCUAUUUCAUCUGAAUAUGGUCAUCUUCGUUCUCAACCGCAGCAACUCUCAGCUAUUGAGGCUCCUUGUGUCACUGGUGAUGGUAGUCAGAAGAAGGUAAUCGUUUCUAUGGGACGUUCAUUUGAACUAAAGUGUAAUGCAAUCGGUGAUGAUCUUACUUACCAAUGGACGCAUGGGGAUGAUACCAUAGAUGGAGCUAUACGGUCAGUGUAUCAAGUGGACAGAUGUGGUGCAAACGAUUUUGGCAUUUACAAAUGUUGUGUACAAAAUGAAGGUGGAAAAGUCUCUGAAGAGUUUAGAGUUGAUCAAGUAUACGACUCUCUGCAUUUUGGACUUAAUCCUUCAGAUGUGAACAUAAACGAAGGAAACGAAAUGAAAUUAGUGGUCACCAUGGAUGCCAAUCGAGACGAUUUCACAUACAAAUGGUUCUGUAAUGAUCAAGAACUAUCAUAUCCUGACAUCAGUCACAACCUUGUUAUUCAUGCUGUGGAGAUGAGGCAUGAAGGUGUGUAUCACUGUGUGGCAAUUGCUCGAUCGGGUCAACAGUUUAAGUCUACCAGUUCGCGUCUUCGAAUUACCAGAGAUCCUGUAAUUGGAACGAAAUCCCACGAUGUCAGACAUGUCUCUGUUGAUCCUGCAACUCGUGGUUUCUCUCCAUUGUUGUCGGCGCCUACUAGCAGCAUUGCCUCUAACCAAUACAGUCGCUCGCUCGACGCUUCCUCACAGAUGUCACAACACUCGGACACAGCAUCACCUCUUCCACAUCAGAAAGGUGAAACAAACAGCAGAGAGGCGAUCAUAGACAAGACUCAAGUUGUUGAUCACGACGCCUCUACGCCUCUCAUCUAUUUUGACACAGCACAUCGAUAUGAUGACAUCAGUGAGCCAAAGCCGUAUGAGUCAUGUAUACCCCCAGCUAUAGUUAUCCAGCCAGAGGAUCAAGUAAUCAACGUCGGUCAGGAACUGAUUCUAACGUGUCAAGCGAUUGGGACGCAAGCACUAAAGUACCAAUGGUAUUUCCAAGGGAAAAAGUUUGGAAGUCCAGAGAACCACAACUCGGUCAGGCUUUUAAGUGCCACUCUACAACACAGCGGUCGAUAUCAUUGCCAAGUAAGCAACUAUAAAGCAACCGCCACGACCAUUGAAGUACAAGUUACUGUGAGAGAAGUUGAGAACCUAAAGCCUCGAUUCAUUCGUUCUCCGAAACCCGUCGAGAUGCCUGUUGGUCAAACUGUGGUUCUAUCCUAUGAGAUCGAGGGCGAGCGGCCGCUGGAAAUCGAGUGGAAGAAAGAUGGAGAGACGAUUCAUGGAGAGACGAUUCAUGCAACGAAAGAAUCCACCUACACGAUAUUCAAUGCAAGAGAGAGUGACAGCGGGGUGUACAUGUGUGUGGCUAGCAACCGACAUGGACUGUCGGUAUCCAGACCCACACAGCUCACCGUCUACCCCAACAACACGUAGGAGGUAGAGACGCGAGUUCGAUUAGUGUGAUACAUUAAUGCCGAUUUGAGACCCGAUUUCUUAGAUAUUAGCUAAUGUAGCCGCUUGGCACCUUACUCAUCAUAUGAUGUAACGGAUCGCGUUUUCGUCGGACUGUAUACUAACUAGAUUUCAAGGAAUCGCUCGUUGUGUAUGAUAUAACUCGUUCAAUCUAGCAUAUCUAGUCACUGCGCUGUAAUCGUUGUCAG